AUGUCGGCCCUUUCCCUCGCCCGCUCCUUCGGAGCGCUCACCCUGACGGCGCCGCGCGCCCUCGCCGCCACGGCCCCGACGAUGACGAAGACACAGACCCGCGCCCUGACGACGGCACUCUUCUCGCGACCGCGCGUAGGCCUUGCCGAGUCGACGCCCAAGACGGCGGUGCAGACGAUCGUGCAGCAGGUUCGGGGCAUGAAGGUGCACAGCUCUGUGAAGAAGCGAUGCGAGCACUGCAAGAUCGUGCGCAGGAAAGCUGGCAAGCGACACAACGGCUACCUCUACGUCAUCUGCAAGUCGAACCCCAGGCAUAAGCAGCGCCAGGGCUAA